CACCGCCGGUUUGAUACAUUUUAACCGGGCGUCAGUCUCACUACAGUGGCGAAUGAAUAGGAGGCAAUCUGUAAUUGAGGAAGCAGUUUACAUCAUGACUUCUACGAACGAGGAUCAUGUUGCAGAUUAUGUAUUGCAUUGAACUGCUGCUGCUAAGUUAACAACUUUCACGUCACAUGCUGAUGAUAAUAAACCUGAUUCUGAUUCUGACAUGAGUUGUGGAGUCCUUGAAGGCAUUCACAGUAGAACAAAGAAGUAAUCUAAUAUGAAUGAAAAAAAAAACAAAGACUGACAAACAUGCAAAGGAAGAUAAACUGCAAAUACAAAAUAAAUAAAUAAAUGCCUACAUACUGAGAGCAUGAGUUGUAGAGUCCUUGAAAGUGAGUCUACAGGUUGUGGAGUCAUUUCAGAGUUGAGAGAUUCCAUCGCUGACUUCUUUACCAUCCUGAAGCGAGGGGAGGUUAGUGUCCUUUUCACCAAAACCAUGGUCAGUGUUCACCAGCAGUCUGGUGAUGGGUGAAGAUCGCCGAACAUGGAGCAGUUCUGUGCCAUGCCCACAGUGCCCAGAACUCUCCACUUGUGUGGUGUUCGAGACGGCGAGAGUUGUAGGACAUUUGUAAAGUGGGACGAGGCAAGUUUGAUUCUGCACUUUGUCUCUUCCGGCACGAUCUAGACGCCCGGUGGUUGUGAUGGAGAAGCCCCUGCCCAAUUUCUUUUUCCACAGGAAAAGGUCCCAGCUAUUGCUGCUGAACUCGCUGACGUGUGGCCUGGAAAUCUGUGUGGCAGCUGGGAUCACCUUCGUCCCCCCUCUGCUCCUCGAGGCUGGAGUCCAGGAGAAGUAUAUGACCAUGGUCUUGGGAAUUGGGCCAGUCCUAGGUCUGAUAUUUGUCCCGAUGAUUGGGUCCGCCAGCGACCACUGGACGAGUAGGUAUGGCCGCCGCCGCCCUUUCAUUUGGGGCCUCUGCGUCGGCGUCCUUCUCAGCCUCUUCAUCAUUCCGCACGCCAGCUGGCUAGCCACCGCUUUCAGCCUGAAAGACUACCCAGUGGAUGUCAUCUUCCUCAUCAUUGGCAUCUGCAUGUUGGACUUCUGUGGCCAGGUCUGCUUCACCCCGCUGGAGGCCCUGCUGUCCGACCUGUUCCACGACACUGAGGAAUGUCGGCAGGCCUUCUCCAUGUACUCCUUCAUGAUCAGCCUGGGAGGUUGUAUUGGUUAUUUAUUGACCGCAAUAGACUGGAGGAGGACCUCCCUCUCCGCCUACCUGGGUGGGCAUGAGGACUGCCUCUUCACGCUUCUGGCUGCCAUAUUUGUCGUGUGCAUUUUUGCCACUUUCUUCGUCUCUGAAGAGAGCUCCAAAAAUGCGGACGUGCUGGUGGACAUCUCAACAAAGGAAGUCAUGAAGCCUUUGGCGAGGCGCUGUUGCUGUGCCAUGAGUACUCUGUGGCGUCUGAGGCACUCUCUCUUUGUACUGAAGAACUGUUGCACUUUGAUCCCCAGACUGUACCACCUGUACUGCCGCAUUCCCAAGGUGACCCGCCAGCUGGUCGUGGCCGAGUUCUACAGCUGGAUGGCCCUCAUGACCUUCAUGAUGUUCUACACGGACUUUGUGGGGGAAGGGCUGUACCAGGGCAUCCCAAAUGCCGACCCGGGCAGCGAAGCCAGACUGCGCUAUGACGAAGGUGUUCGGAUGGGCAGCAUGGGCCUUUUCCUGCAGUGUGCGUUCUCCAUCUUCUGCUCCACAAUCAUGGACAAGCUGGUUACGAGGUUUGGAACCAAAGCUGUGUACCUCGCCAGCAUUGCCUUCUUCACCGUUUCUGCCAUCAUCAUGUGCCUUUCGAAGAGUGUGGUCCUGGUCACAGCCAUGUCUACGUUAACAGGGUUUACGUAUUCAACGCUGCAGAUCCUGCCCUAUACGUUAAACUCACUUUAUCACAAGGAAAAACAGGUAUUUUUUUGCAAGCACAAGUUUACUGAACUCGAAGAUGCUAAUUGCCAAGUGGACAUCAAAAUAUCUCCACCAAACGGGAUCUUGAGUCAUAAGUCAUACAAUCAAAAUGGCAGCGUGGUCACGGCCAAGGGGCCUCUGCCUGACCGAAGUGCAGGCACACAGAGCCGGAGCGAGGUCGCAGUUUCCGCCGAUGUCGAACAGGCCGCGGUGGGAAGAGGGAUUUGUCUUGACCUAGCCAUUCUGGAUAGUGCCUUCCUCCUUUCUCAGGUCAUUCCCUCUCUGCUCAUGGGCACAAUUGUCCAGUUUACACAGACAGUAACUGCUUACAUGAUCUCUGCUGCCACCUUUGGGACAGUGGCUCUUUAUUUUGCAACCAAAAUAGUUUUUGAUAAAAAUGAUUUAGAGAAGUAUUUAGUGUGAUGUAAUGAAGGGAUUUUGUCUUUCAGCUCUGGGUGGUCUAACAGUUGGAGGUGAGUGAUAUUGAGUUUGGCCACAAUGUUAUCAGCAUGACAAUUAUCAGGUACAAGCAGAAUGCAAGAUAUAGUUAGAGGAAAACCAAUUUGCACUCUCUUAAAACUCCAUCCGAAUCUAGUCCAUGGUACAGUUUUUUGUAUACUGUUGGUGCAUGGACAUUUAAUGUUUAAUUGGAUCCAUUCAUGCUUCUCAUCUUUGUAAAACCAUUUUAUGUAAUGAGUUGGGCUCUAAGCUUCCGAUCAUUUUAUGUUUACUAAGUGAUCCAAAUAUCUGAUGGGGUAAUGUGGCUCUUUGUGUAACCCCUGUAAUCAUCUGUGUACAUGAACCAAAAGAUAUUCUGGAGAUUUGAUUCGUCUGCAGAAGGACUGAAGAGCCAUGAUUGCGAUGGGUCAUUGUGAUGCAAAAGACGAUUGGGUCAGUUAAACCCGACCUCACAUCACAGACUUCCUGCAGGGUGAAACUUGUCCAAGUGCAAUAAUAAGGCCUCCUUGUAGCUUCCAGGAUCUGCAGUGAGAACAGGUAUAAACAGAUGUGGUACGAGAUAUAAUUGCUCAGAGGAUAUAUCUACUGUUGGGUUUAUAUGGCCAGCAAGCCAGAGGGAUUACCAUAGUGGACUGAAAUAAUUUCAAUGUGGUUUAAAUUGAUGCUAUUAGUUAAAAGUCCACACACUCCUUGUGCUCAGUCUGUUGGCUGAAGGUCUUCUUUACAUCAGCAAUGCUUUGUCUUCACAUUUAAUGAACUGUGCAAUAUGGUAGCCCAUUGGGGACAUGGAUUUCAUUCCAUAGCAGCUACUGGUGAGGUUUUAAGUUUGGAUGAGCUGACUAAUCUCAAAGGGAGGAGAAUGGCUCCUUUUGUAGAUUUGGUCCAAGCGUCAGGACUUGAUUUAGAUUUUCUGAGGUCAGCUCCUUCCUUGCCCAGGUAAGGACCUGGGAAGGGUGAGGAGAAAGAGGGGAUGAAGAAAAAAGAUCAACCUUUUUGAUUCCAGACCCAAAUCUGACUUUAUGUUACCUGCUAGUAACAUCAGAUCUCCUUUGUGCUGAAGGGAAAAUUUUCAUUAUGAAAAAUUGGACAGGAGAUAAUGAGUAUUGAUUGCAGUGGACCUGUUCUGUUUAUACGUCGUAUUCCUAAUGAUCAUGACUUAGCUCUCAUGCAACAUUCAGAAGGGCUGAUGUUUAAACAUCUACAACCCUGAGAGUGAACACCAAUGGCAAGUGUGGCUUGUUACUCAUUCCCUCAGCUUUUAAAAUGACACCUGCAGGUAUUGACGUCAGUGAGCUCCGCACAGCUCAGUUAUUGGUACAUUAUGAGGUUAGAAUGUGCCCAGAGUUGCGAACACUUAUGGAAACCCAAAAUUGGAAAUUACGGCCAACCAUUUUGCUCAUGUCAGUGGUUCAGAUUGGACCUCAAUGAGGACAACUACCCAAUUGUCUUGCAAGUUGCCCCCGAAACACUUUGUAAUACAUUCUGAGGUUUCUACAGAAUCAGUCUGAUAUACUCGACCGACAUUUUAAAAAAAAGUAUUCUUGAAAUAAUUUCCCUUCUUUGACUUUGAAAUAGUUCCCCAUACUCUGAAGAUCUUGCUUCUGGUUGCUAGGCCACACACAUCUUUAAUCAGAUAUAGUGGAGUAGUGUAGUGCAUCUUGUACCCCCGUAACACAGUUUCCUCAUUUACAUUUGCCUUUCCCGUAUAGCAGAGGCUAGUAUGUUUGAACAAGGAGCCUCCCAGACCAUGGUGUACCCAAUCUGUGUCCAUGGCCCCUAUUGUCAGUUACCAUAACGAAAACAACUACAUUGUCACCUUGCCCCCUUGCUCAUUUUCCCCAGCCUACAACGCCAAUCUUCUAAGCACCAAAAUCCUAGUGCGAACAACUGCUUAGCUUCAGAGCAACGGGCAAGUAAGCUAACUGCUGUGCUAGCGGGUGAAUGGUUUAAGAUGGCCGAUGAAACAAGAUGAAUUUAAUCUCCUCUUUGGUGUUACUGCAAACAUACAAUAAUCCAAGUACUUCAGGCAAAAGGCCUACAUCCAGUAAUGGUGAGAAAUGGUAACCGUGGAGUUUUCCUUUGCAUUUCAACAACGUUCCUUGUAACAAAUUUCUGGUGGCAAUAAUUUCUUCUGUAGCCUGUUGGGAAUGUAUUGUCCUGGUCCAACUGUGGAAAUUGCUGCUCAUGCUCAUUUCUCAUUCUGCCUCCAAAUGGGGUUGUUACAGACUUGCAGUACGUCUGUGUGUUAGUGUCUAUAUCACUCACCUCUACCUGGCUUGUGUCUAUAAGUCAAUUGCUAAAUUAUAGAAUUGUAUAAAUCAUCUGGGGAACAAAGGUAUAUUAUUUUUGGUAGAAUUAAUAAUUUUGCCUUAAAAAUCUAUUUUUGUUAAAAUUUGUUGACCUGGCAACUGUUUUAAAGAUCUAUGAUUACUGUAUUUAUAUUGUAGAGAUAUUUUGUACAGUGACAAUUUAUUUCCCAUAUAUAAAGGAACAGGCGUCCACUGGAAAAUGGAAGUAGCUGUAGUUUUCUCCGUCACGUUCCAGGUGAUGACUUAAGAAAUGGUUUUCUCACUGGGAGCGACAUCUUCACUCCAACCACAAGUGAACGAAGGCCUUCAAGCAGAAACAAGAGUUCCUGAAGUUUACAGCACAGAAGACUUCCCUCUUAUUCUGACUCAGGCAGACCCUUCCUAGUCCAGAGUAACACACACAAAAUACUGGAGCAACUCCAGGCAGCAUCCACAGAGAGGAAUAAACAGUUGGAACCCUUUAUCACGACUCAAACGUUGACCGUUUACUCCUCUCCAUAGAUGUGGGGUCCACGGACCAUGGGUCGGGAACCCCUGCCGUAGAUGGUGCUGGACCUGCUGAGUUCCACCUCUAUUCUGCGUGUGUUGCUCUGAAUUUCUAGCAUCUGCAGAAUCUCUUGUGUUUAUCUUUGCUAGUCUGGGUCACUCCACUGUACAGUUGGUGUUCAUAGAUCUGCCUUUGCAUCAAAUUAAUCAAUUUUCUGCUUUAAGGAUGCAAUGGCCUUUAUCUCAACUAUUCCCUAUAUCGAGGUGUUCCAGCAUCAGAAUAAUCUUUCCCAAAGUGCACUCAGAUCCCUCUAACCAUUUGAUCUCUUGUUUAAACUCCCAAGUUCUUAACGCAGACUGUAGAACAUUUCACCCCCAAUGCUGGGGCGAAUUGCACACCUAUCAACCCAGUGCAACACACACAAAAUGCUGGAGGAACUUGGCAGGUCAGGCAGCAUCUGUGGAAAUGGUUAAACAGUCAAAUACUUCAGGCUAAAACUCUUCAUCAGGACUGGAAAGGUGGAGGUAAGGAGGUGGUGGGGUGGAGGAGGAGUACAAGCUGGCAGGUCACAGGUGAGGGGAAAGGGGGGGGGGGGAUGGAGAAAGCUGGAAAAGGGCUGAAGAAGGAAUCCGAUCUGAGAGGUGUGUGGACCAUGGGAGGAAGGAGGGACAUCAGACUGAGAUGAUGGGCAGGUGAGGAGAAACAGUUAAGACGGGAAUGAAACUAAAGAGAGAAGGUGAAGGGGAGAGAAAUUAUUGGAAGUUAGAGAAAUUGAUGUUCAUCCUUCAGAUUGGAGACUGCCCAGACAGAAUACGAAGCGUUGCUCUUCCACGUGGAAGUGGCCUCAUCCAGUAGAGGAGACCACGGACAGCGUGUUGGGAUGAGAAUGGGAAGCAGAAUUCCAGUGCACAAAUGGCAUUGAGCAAUGUAAGCUGUGAGCUAUCCAGCGUGAAUAACGGUAAAGUGGCCGACUUCAUCGAAUUUCGACGGCAGUGCAAAAUUUUUGCAUGUGCUCGUAGAACCAACACGAGAUGAGGUUGUCCAUGGUGACUGUUUCAUAUUCUGGAGUAAUACUGCAUAUACUGUCAUGUAGCCAUUUCAAAACCGUCAUAUAAAGCAGGACCAAAAGACUUUUAAACAUCUCAUUCUGAUACCUUGCUUUCUUUUUUUAAAAUUUCCCAUUCCAUUAUUUAACUCUCCCAUCAGUAUCACCGAUUCUUAAGUACACCAUGAGUGAAAUUCACCUUUCAUUGUGCCAAAUGCUCCCAGGAAUUUGGAGUCAGAGCACGACAGCACAGAAACAGGCCUUUUCGCCCAUCUAGUUCGUGCCAAACUAUUACUCUGCCUCGUCCAAUCAGCCUACACCUGUAAUGUAGCUCACCUUACUCCUCCCAUCCAUGUAGUUAUCCAAACUUCUCUUAAGUAUUGAAAUCAAACCACAUUCGCCACUCCUACUCACAGCUCGUUCCACUCUCUCACCACCUUCUGAGUGAGGAAGAUCCCCCUCAUGUUUCCCUUGAACAUUUGACCUUUCACCCUCAACCCUUGUCCCAAUAUCGGCAAGUUGAACACACCCUCUAACAUUCAUUCCACUGAAGUCUAUGCGCUUGAGUAUGUAGGGCUAACAGCCAAAGAUGGAUCUUGUUCUGAAUGAUAUUUAUAUUUCCUCACUCAUUACAACCUACAGUAUAUGUGUGCACUAAGAACCCCAAUCAAUUUUUUCUUCAGGCUGAAUUAUUUUGUGAGGGUAUAUGAUGAACAGGAAGUGUUUGGGAGAGGUUUCCGAGCAAACCCUUUCCCUCCUCUGUAUGUGAGCAGGUGAAGUAAUCGAUGUGUGUUGCACUCCACUUCUUAAAUACAAUCUCAUUUGCCCCACUCCCUCGAUGUGAGAACUGGACUGCCGCUGCGAACCUCACUGUACAACAUUGGGUGCCAUUGUCUCCACCUCCAGCACUUCAGGCAUUUCCUUCUGUCGGAGUCUCCAAAACAUUAACUCAAUCAGCUUUGCUUUGACUGAUAUUGGUCUCCAGGGAUUCCCACCCUGGGUGUCCAAGGACCCCUUGGUUAAUGGUAGGGGUCCAUGGCAUAAAGAAGUCUGGAAACCCCUGCUCUAUGCCCUCACCCCUUCCACUCCUCAACCAUCAUGGGCUACGUAGAGUUAGAACACCUAAGCUGUUACCAGCUUCUUUUGUAGAGACUAGUUAACUUUAGAAUGUAGAACACUACAGCUCUUCUGCCCGUAAUGUGCGGACUUUUUAACCUACCCUAAGAUCAAUCUAACCCUUCCCUCCUGCAUAGCCCUCCAUUUUACUUUUAUCCAUGUGACUAAGAGUCACAUAAAUGCCCCUGAUACAUCUGCAUCUACCACCACCCCAGCAACGUGUACCACACAACCAGUACUUCAUGUAAAAAAAAACCUACCUCCAACAUCCUCGCUGUGCUUUCCUCCAGUCACCAUAAAGUUAUGCCCACCUGUAUUGGUCAGUACCACCCAGGAGUCCGGUUGUCCGUUCUAUCUCUGCCUCUUAUUGUCUUGCACACCCCUCUAUCGUCACUUUGUGCUGUUUUGCAAUGAACACCCUUUCCAGAUCAAAUUCAAGCCUUGAAUUACAACCUCUGCCAAAGGGAAUUUUCCUCAUAAUAUUGCUCCAAUUACCCCAAAGUCAGAUUGCUAGACCUUGUCCUCUGUAGUUUAAUAACUUGUAUAUUACUUUUGGGAAGUGAGCCAGGUGCUUGAGAGUCUUGGUUUAGAGACCAUCGUCUGAUGAAUUAUUGGAAGGAUUGUUAGCUGUGGAGAGUUCCUGGUGGGCUCUUGAGAAUGAGAUCAUGGAACACUACAGCACAAUACAGGCUCCUCACCCCACAAUGUUGUGCCAACCUUUUAACCUGUUCUAAGAACAAUCUAACCCUUCCUGGCAACGUGGCCCUCCAUAUCAUCCAUCUACCUAUCUAAGAGUUUCUUUAAUGCCCCUGAUGUGUCUGCCUCUACUACCACCACUCCUGGUCAUGCCUUCCACACACCCACCACCCUCUGUGUAAAAAAAAAAAAGUACUGUCUCUGACAUCCCCUUACAUUUUCCUCCAAUCACCUUAAAAUUAUGCCCCCAUGUAUUAGCCGUUUCUGCCCUGGGACAAUGCCUCUGGCUGUCCAUUCUAUGCCUCUGAUCAUUUUGUACAUUUGAUAAAGUCACCUCUCAUCCUCCAAUGCUCCAAAGAGAAAAGCCCCUGUUCACUCAACCUAUCCUCAUGAGACAUGCUCUCUGUCUAGGCAGCGUUCUGGCAAAUCUCUGCACCCUGUCCUCAUGAGACAUUCUCUCUGUCUAGACAGCGUUCUGGCAAAUCUCUGCACCCUUUCUAAUGUUUCCAUAUCCUUCAUAUAAUGAGCUGACUAGAACCAUAUGAAGUUCUGAAAGAACAUAAAGAAAUGAGGACAUGGGUGAACAAGAGACUAUAAAGCUCAGGAAGACUGAAGGGAGUUGUAGAGUUGACCUCAUCAAGUUGGACUUAGCAAAGCUGGAAUGAAGUAUUAGGGAUGAUCUCAAUGCUCAGGAUUGGGAAUAGCAGGGCAGUAUGAAGUGGGGGAGGGUGGACAGGGAUAAUGAUAAACACGAGUUUUUGCAGAUGCUGGAAAUUCAGAGUAACACAAAAUGCUUGAGGAAUGCAGCAGUUCAGGCAGCAUCCAUGGACAUGAAUAAACAGUUGAAUUUUUGGGCCAAGACCCUUUGCCAGGACUGGAGAGGAAGGGGGAAGAUGCCAGAAUAUGAUGUUGGGUAGAGUGGAAAGAGAAUAAGUUCAAAGGUGAUAAGUGGUCAGGUGGGGAUGAAAUAUGAAGGUGAUAGAAAGGUAAAGAGCUGGUAAAGAAGGAAUCUGAUUGGAGGGAAGAGUGGACCUUGGCAGUAAAGGAGGAGAGGAUCCAGAAGGAGGUGAAGGGCAAUUGAAGAAGAGAAAAGUUGGAGAAAUCUAUCAGGUUAGUUAGAGGCUACCUAGACAGAACAUGAGGUUGCUCCUCCAACCUGAGAGUGGCCUCAUUGUGGCAGAAGAGGAGGCCAUGGACCAACAUGUCAGAACAGGUAUGGAGAUACAAAUUAAAAUAGUCAGCCACCGUGAAUUCCCACUUCCUGUGGAUAGAGCGGAGGUGCAUGUCAAAGUGGUUCCCCCAAUCUGUGGGAUUGGGUUAAUGAUCCUAUAAAGGAAGUACGUUAUUUUCUUAAACAACCUUAUUAUACUCCUGUUUUGUGAUUUGGAUAGAUCAUUUAAAAAGAAACAUACAAUAUUACAAAUAAGCUUAAUAUAUAAUUUAUAGCUUGCUUUAAUUUAGGCACUUUCUGUGGAAAUCAAAGUGUUAAGUUUUCAAGGACUUGCUAGUUCGUCUGCAAUUAAUAUAUUUUGAUAUUUAUUUACUGGAUCUGCAACCAACCUGAUCUGAGUAGUGCGCGACACUACAAAUUAGAGAUUGGAAGUAUCCUGGGUAUUUUUGUAUUUAGAUCUCUUUGCAAGUCAGACUAGCUCAGCCCACUUUGUGCCGGUUGGGAGAAGUUUGAUGGGUUCAGUCAUCUCAAAUCUAAGCUUUAUUUUAUAUAUAAACAAAACAAGACUUCAAAACCUGUUGAAAUGUUGGACUUUUUAAUUUAAUUAUUUUCUUUGAUCAGAUAGGGUUCAAACUUAGCUCAAGAAUUUGGAGAAUUGAGUAUUCUCAAAGCUUUCAGGAUUAUUCAUUGAGAAGAUCUGCUGACAAAAGGUAUUGGGUAGGUCUGGAAACCGAGGAGAUAAUGCACUCCUAUUAACUUGGACUUUACACCGGGAUGUUCACACUGUGCCAUAGUUUCUCUUAUACUAUAGCAUAUGAGUAAUGCCCACAAGAUGUCAAUCCCUGCAAAUCAAUUUUUCCUCCUGUUUCUGGGGGGAAAAAAUAAAAUCCUGCAGAUGUUUGAAAACUGAAACAAAACUGGAAAUGCUGGAAGACCCAACAACACCUGUGGAGAUAAGCAUUUCAGAUUUGAACAAUACCUAUCUAUUCCUCUCCCUUAUUCCUCUCUCCCCACCUUUCUCUUCCUCCUACCUCUCUCUCCCUCUCAUCUCCCACUCACUCUCCCCCCACUCUUUCUAUCUCUGCUUUCUUACUUGCUAUCACACCUCCUUUAUGAAAACCAUGAGAUGAUCUGAGAGAAGCUAAAUCCACAUCCCUCCACUCUCUCUGUUCAUGUAUCAGUGUCUCACAUUCAACAUGAUGGAGGUCCAGUUGGAUACGUUCCUUUGUGUGGAGUUGUAUGGUGCCAAAGCAGCAGGAAAAAUCGUGUCAGAGUCGAUGUUCCUCUCUGUAACUUUCAAUGGAAGUGUCACCCACAUCUUGUAUAAUGUAUCCAUUGAUAUAAAUAUUCUGGUACUUCACUGAAAUCUAUUUCUUUUGUACCAUCAUCCCACUUCACAAUAAAAUACUUUCAGCCAAGUUUGCAAAGAAAUCUCACAUUUCAAUGUCCAACACACCAUAUGGGAAGUCUUCCAGUGAAUUCAUCAAGAGAGCAAGAAAUGGCAAAAUUCCAGCACACCAUCUGAGUUCAGAUUAACAUUAUUUGUCAAGUGUACAUCGAAACAUACAGUGAUAUGCACCAUUUGCGGCAACAACCAACACAGCCUGAGGGUGCGCUGGGGGCAGCCCACAAGUGUCACUGUGGUUCUGGUGCCAACAUAGCAUUCCCACAACUUACUAACCCUAACAUUUGGAAUAGAGUCACAGAAAAAAAAUACCGCGUAGAAACUGACCCUUCAGCCCAUUUAGUCUGUGCUGAACCAUUUAAACUGCCUACUUUCGUCAACCUGCACUGGGACCAUAGCCUCCCAUAUUCUACAAUCCAUGUAACUGUCCAAUGUGGGAGGAAACACAUGCAGUUAUGAGGAGAACGUACAAGCUUCUUACAGAAGGCGAGGGGAAUUGAACCCAGGUCACGGGAACUGUAAAGGGUUAGACUUACCUCUACGAUACCAUCUCGCACCCCCCAGCGAAAGUGAAUUUCCAAAUGGAAUGUCUUGUGGCAUUUGGAUUGAUUUCAAUGUACACAAAGUAAUGAGAGUUUAUCAAGCAGUCCACCAGCAUCUUUGUAAGUAGUUUAUCUCUACUGGGAACUAUUCAGUUAAACAGACAUUUCAAAUUCCAAACUUGAAAAACUGCAGUUUAUCCAGAACUGGCUCCUUGUGUGUUAUGUAUUUCCCAGCACAAAUAAAUGAAACCAUUUUAGAUUUUUACAAAAUAUUUUAUGAAAACACUUUAUUGACUGCUGCUUGAUCAGGAUUUUAUAUUUUUCUUUGUUAACUCGAUUUGAUAAAAGGGCAGUGAAUGCUUCAGGCUGCUUUGUGGCUCUCUGUGCUUGAAUUGAUAUUUUAAGAUGUCAUGGAUUAUCACUCUGACUUCUGUACUUGUGUGGAAAGAGGACAAGUGGGGUUAAUAACCACUCAUCAACAGUAAACUAGAUUUCUGCUCAGAUGAAGGCAAGUCCUCUUUGGAGACACGAGAUUGCAGAUGCUUCAACACAGAAAAUGCUUGAGGAAUUCAGCAGUUCAGGCAGCAUCUCAAGCACAAGAGAAUCUGCAGAUGCUGGAAAUCCAGGAGCAACACACAUGAAAUGCUGGAGGAACUGAGUGGAUCAAGCAUUUUGGCUUUUGGGUUAACUGUUCACUCUUUUCCAUAGAUGCCACCUGACCUGCUGAGUUCCUCCAGCAUUUUGUGUGUGUAGAGGUCAGGCAACAUCUGUGGGGAGAAUGGACAGUCGACAUUUCGGAUUGAGAUAUCGACUGUCUUCAUCCAUUGAGGGAAAGGGUUAUUUGGGGAGAUUAAAUAUGCUGAAGAAGUUUGCAGCACAGCAGCUGAGUGGUUAGCAUAACACUAUUACGGGUACCAGCAAAAGCAGGGAUCUGGUCCCACCACCGUCUGUAAAGAGUCUGUACGUUCUCCCUGUGACCAUGUAGGUUUCCACCAUGUUCCUCCAGUCUCUCUGACAUUCCAAAGACAUAUGGAUUAGGGUUAGUGAGUUGUGGGCAUGAUGAUAGGUGCCAGUAGCCCGGCAACACUUGCCAGCUACUCAGCACCAUCCUCGACUAUUAGACACGAAUGACUCAUUUCAUUGUUUCAAUUUCCAUAUGAUAAGUAAAGCUAACCUUUAACCUCUGUGCCACCUCGGAGAUGGUUCACAGAGACAUUGAAUUGACAUAUAUAUAAAAUUGUGAGUAGGGAGAAUGCACUCUGUUUUCCUCAGGGCUGCAGGAAACCUGGAGAAACCUAAUUAAAGAAAAAAAUAAUAAUAAAAAUAAAAAGAUCUACUGUCAAUGCGCAAGAGGAAAAAAUAUAAAU